CCAUCUCCUUCCCCAAGCCCAGGCAUGAGCAACCCUCCUCCUCUCCUCCGGCUCCGCCGUCCCAUGGCCGCAGCGCCCUGUUCCUGUUCCUGGGACACCUCCUUCCACGAAAAGCAAUAGCAGCUCUAGCCCUACCAAUACCAAUCUGGAUCCAAAUCGACCGCUAAGCUAACACUAAAUCAUCUUCCCUUCCCGUUCGAGAUCCAAGAGCUAGCAGAGGCGGUUCGCGGAGAGAUUCAGUAAUCUGCGCUGCCGGCGAAGAAGAAGAAGAAGGGGGAGGUAGAGCGGCUGGAGAUGGGCAAGUACGUGGAGCUGCUGGACAUGGGCGUGCGCAUCGCGGCGCGGUUCCACUCCCACUGCCCGCAGACCGCGCGCCUCUACUACCACCCGCCCGCCGGCGGCACCGGGUCCCACGCGGCUGCGGCAUCCGGCGGGGACGGCCGCAAGGGCGACGCCGCGGCCUCGGCCGCGAUGAUGAUGAAGAAGCAGCAGGGGCAGAGGCUCGACGCCCCCUCAGAAAUCAUCCUCUACACCGUCGUCUAGACUAGUCUUGGCCGGCCGGGAUUGUUGUCGCCGGAGGAGCCGUCGUCCACAGGACCGGCGGCGAUGUAUCAUUCAUUCGUGGGAGUCGAUGUGUUGCUCCCGUUUUUUUUUUUUUCCAUUUGUGUUUUGGGUUGGUGGAACUCGUGUGUCCCAUGAGUUUUAUUUAAUCCAUUUCUUCCCGAGGGGCUCAAAUCGCUCUUGGUUCCAAAUUCUAAAAUGCCUCCGUCGUUCGUUCG